AUGCUCUUUAAUUUCAUCAAGAAAUCUGGAGAGACAUCAUCUGGUUCGCAUGAGAAGAAGAAGAACAAGAGGAUGUUUUGGCAGAGCUUUGUACAAGAUCUUUUUAACGCCAAUGACUUGGUUUGGCAGUGUUUUUUGAGCGGUUUAGUUACAAACUCACGGAUGUGGGUUUUUUUCGCGGACACAUUGGUAUGGGAACUAUCACCAAUUUGUGACGGAUUGGUGAACCUACUUUUUGAUGGGAAACUGCGAAGACCAUUCUGGUCGAAAAGGAAGAACGGAUGUCAAACUACCGAGCAACCUACACGGUCCAUUUUCAAAACAGCUACAUCGCGGAAUCAUUGA